GCAAAAUUAAAGCUGCAGAAGAAGAAGAAGAAGAAUAGCCAAACUGUGAAUUAAGGGAAGAAGAUAAUCGGCUGUACCUUAACUCUUCCUGUUUAAUUUUACGUGUUCUGCUCUUUCUCUUUGCGUGUGCGUGUAUAUAUCGCCAUGUUGACGCGAAGAAGAACCCUGCUCAAGGUCAUCGUCCUCGGCGACAGCGGGGUGGGGAAGACGUCUUUGAUGAAUCAAUACGUGUACAAUAAGUUCAGCCAACAGUACAAAGCGACAAUCGGUGCUGACUUCGUUACCAAGGAACUCCAGGUUGAUGAUAAACUGGUCACUCUGCAGAUUUGGGACACUGCUGGGCAAGAAAGGUUUCAGAGCCUGGGCGUCGCGUUUUAUCGAGGUGCAGAUUGCUGUGUUCUUGUGUAUGAUGUUAAUGUCCACAAAUCCUUCGACACACUUACUAAUUGGCACGAAGAAUUUCUUAGACAGGCAGACCCAACUGAUCCCAACACAUUCCCCUUUGUGCUGCUUGGAAACAAGGUCGACAUAGACGGUGGAAAUAGUCGAGCAGUUCCCGAGAAGAGAGCCAAGGAAUGGUGUGAGAGUAGGGGCAAUGUACCUUAUUUUGAGACCUCGGCCAAGGAGGGUUAUAAUGUGGAUGAUGCUUUUCUAUGUGUUGCUAAGGCUGCACUUGACAAUGAAAGAGAGGAGGACAAUUACUUUCAAUUCGAACCGAUCCCAGAAAUUAUUUCAGAAACAGAACAAAUAGGAGGAGGGUGUGCAUGCUAAAUCGUCACCCAAAAAAUUAAUUCAAAAUCAUUCAUAUGUAUCAUAUUUGUUCUUUUGAUUCUUUAAUAUAUUUUUUUCCACUGUUUUUUUCUUUCUUCCUUCAAAUGUAUAUUUUUUUACCUCAUUGGUAUAAUGUAUUGUUCCUUAAUUUGUCAUUUAAUAUGGAAUCACAUUAUGAUUUCAUUUUAUUAA